GCCCUCCCGGGGUAAGAGCCGCAGGGCGGGGCGGCACCCGCGCAGGACGCGGGGCGGCGCUGCGCCGCUCGCGUGUGGCCGGAGACGAGGGGAGCGGCGGCGGCUGGCGGGGUCUGCCCUGAGGGUAGCAGCGCUUUCUUUUCUCUCCUCGCCCUCUCCCGAGCCAGGCCGCUUUGGACUCGUCUGGACUAAGGCUGUUGUCCAGGUUUGUCGUCUUGGUCAUCUUCCCGAAGAAAAGGAGCUCUCGGUGCUGCAAGUUGUUUGACUAAAGUUAAGAACAUGGAAUAUAAUACAGAUGCAGUUGCUUGAACAUCAUUUCUUCUAAAGCAUGUAUUCUGCAGAUUGGCAGCCUGAAUGAUUGAUUGAUUGAUAAGACUAAUACCAAGAAAAAAUUUUAUCUGUUGCUGCUGUGUUUGAUGAAACUGGUGCAGAGUCACGUCUUCUGAAAUGCAGUUGAAAAAAAUGAGGGAAAUAUUACCAAGAUUGUACCCUGGCCAAGUUAAUGAUAGGAAUAAUUCCCUAACUACACCCCGAAAGCAAUCUUCUGAGGAUAAAACAAAUCCAUCAAAUGGGGAGGAUGACCAAAACUGCUGUUACCAAGGAACUGAGGCUGAGAACAAUAAAUUGUCACUGAUAAGCUGUAUAAAAUGCAGAAGUGUUCAGAAAAUUUCAGUGCAAGAUAUAGAGAAGCAUAAGAAGAUUGGGUGGACUGAAGACAAAAAUUUCAUCUGCAAGAAAUGUAGUCAUAUUACACCACCAGCUUUCCAUUUUGUUCCUAUGGGUGCCAAUGCUGCAGACUUUAAAGAACAUGAAAGGAAAACCCCAAGUAAACCCCAGAAAACAUUUAAAGUAAAAAAUUUUCUGCCAGGUAAAUACUACUGUGAUAAAUGUAGAUUUUCAACAAAGGAUCCUUUACAGUAUAAAAAACAUGUAGAGCAACAUGAAGAAAUUAAGUUUCUUUGUUCCCACUGUAGUUAUGUAUCCUACACCAAAGGAGAAUUCCAGAGACAUUUGGUGAAACACACUGGAACUUUCCCAUAUCAGUGUGAGUACUGUGAGUAUGGUGCUGUUAGACAUGACUAUAUAGUGAAACAUACGAGAAGAGUACAUGAAACACCCACAAAACGGCUAUCAAAUACUCUCAUAAAACACAAGCAAAAGAAGCUGAGUCAAAGCACUUUAUGUAAAAAGCAGAAAUACAAUAAAAUUCCUUUUCAGAAUGAAUUUUCGAAUUUGUCUUCAAAUAUGGUUUGUGAGAUUCCAGGUAAAGCAACUAAAACAGUCUGUUCAUCUCAUAAUGUAGAAUGUAGUGUAAAUGCAGCGUCAGUCGGGGAUAAAACAGUGUUGGAGCCAUCUGAAAUGAGUGUAUGUGAGAAUCAAAGUGUGGAAGUUGAGGUUUAUUCUCCAAAAACAGAGCCUUUACAGCCUGGGAUGCCUUUAACAGUAAUUGCGCCGUCUGAACUUGUAGUUCCUUCUAACUGUUUAGCUCAGAUAGUAGAGAUUAAAAUAGUGAAUGGAGCACAACAGCUGGUUCUUAAACUAAUUCCUAUGAAAGAAGCAACUUACAAACCUGUGAACUGUGCUGAAGAGGAACUUGAGAGUCAAGGUAUAGAACGAUCUACAGAAGGAAAAAAACCGUCAUCUGUAUCUCAAAAUGACUUACUAACCAUGGAAGUGAAUGUAGACAAAUCCUCCAGUGUUAGUAACCAGCUUAAUUUGGAUAGUACGUAUGACAAGAAUUCUGAAUGUCUUUGUUCUUCUGAUUCUCAACUCUCAACCUGUAGCUCUGUAUCUAUACAGAGAGAAGAUGCAUCAAAAUUACACUUUCAUUUGGUGAAAGGUAUUGAUGUCCAUUCAGGUGUUAUAAAACUUUGUUCUCCAUCUCUGGUAAUGAACAGUACUGAAAAAAAAAGUGAUCUUAAGUCCUCAAGGUGGGAAGUAGAUGGAAAAAAUAAUUUCCAUUGUGAUUUGUACCGUUAUGAAGAAGCUGAAGAUAUACACCUGCGAAAAUACGCUUCUAUUUCUGAAGAUAAAGGUUCCAAGAACAUUUCAUUAGAGGCUGCUCAGGAGAGCAGAAAUUAUUCUGCAGUCCUAAAAGAAAAGUAUACAUUGCCUGUGAAAAGGGAUGACAAAGAAUGUAAGAGUCUGCCAGUCAGCUCUACAGAAGCACAUUUAGCUGGUAUGGGUUUUGAUAAAAAAUGUGUUACAUCUUCUGAGGCAGGAAAAAAAUUUCACAUCGCUAAAACUCCACCUUUUGAGGAUAUAACUUUUGGCUUUAGCAAAGUAAAGAGAGCUGAAACCAUAAGUCAAAAGAACAGUCGUCUUCUGGAAUCACUAGAACUACAGAAGAUGAAAAAUAAAGGCAGUUCUGAAGGGCCUGUUAUUUCAUCUGUAUUUUCCCUUAGCUCUGGGGCUGAAAACGUUCCAGAAGAUGUCAGAUGGGUUGACAAAACACGCAGUAAGAAGUCAGCAACAUUGCUCUGUAGAAAGAUUGCUCAGCUCAUGUCUGAAUCUAAUAUGAAAUCCCUGCCUUUGAGAUGUCAAGCUUCUCGUAAGAAGGUGCUUUUGCCUCAAGAAAGUUCAGCGAGUUGUGAGAGAGUUGUAUGUGCCCCUGAAGUGGAACAGCCUGUAACUUUGUCUCAAGAGCAUGGUGGAAACAGUGUGAUUAGUAGUAAAGAACACGGUGAAGAUCAGCUAUUUACAUUUGCAAGAACAUCUAAAAACAGGGUGACUAAAAAUUCCCAUGUUGCUACUCCCGUAUUUAUCCCCAAAGGGACAAUGCUGAGAGUGCUGAAUGCUACUAGCAGUCAAAACUCAGAUGGAACAGAAAACAGCGGUGAAACAUCGGCUCCUUCUAUGUAUUGCAAUGAAAUGUUUCUGCCUCGCCCAGUCCCUGUUAGUGUUUCUGAAACACUUCGUGAUAAUUUGCCAUGUUUGCCUAAUCAGAGUGAACCAAAUACUGAGUCCCGAAGUAUAUUGCUCAGGCAAAGACCAAAGCGAGAGGCAAGUGUUAAAAAUAAUAGCAAACAAACUGGUGUACCAUUUCAGAAAAGCAGUGAUGUGAGCAAGCCAAGCAAGCCCUAUUCAAAAAGUCAAUUAAGUCCCAAAAAUAAGGCAAAACAAGCAAGCUUCAGAGAACUUCCUAAGAGGAAAACAAGAACUCAGUUGGAAACCACUUCAAGUUCUGACAUGUCGUACCUGUUGACAGCAAGACGUCUUCGGCUUGUCCCUCUGAAAAUGAAUCAGUUGAUAAAAUGCCCUCGUCGUAACCAGCCAGUUGUGGUACUAAACCAUCCUGAUGUUGAUUCACCAGAGAUAAUUAAUGUCAUGAAGACUAUCAACAAGUAUAAAGGUCAAGUCCUGAAAGUAGUUCUGUCAGAAAGGACAAGUAGUUGUCUUGGUGUCAAACGUUAUCGAAAGCGUCUUACUAUUCAGAAUGUUGAGACAGGCAACCAAACAAAAAAGCAGAGUAUGCUAAAAAUGAAGCUGAAAAAGACUCAUAAAAACAACUACCAGGUGGUGGAAACCUCACCACCUGAAACACUUCGGUGUCUGUUUAAGUGUUGGUUUUGUGGAAGAGUAUAUAUGGACCAAGAAGAAUGGAUAAGUCAUGGACAGAGGCACUUAAUAGAGGCAACCAAGGGUUGGGAUGUUCUUUCUCUUCAAGCAAAAAACCAUCAAGUGAGAGACUAGUGGAGGUUUCCCCUCUUGUUUUUAAUGAGUGCCACUAACGUGCUUGGGAUGGAGGAUUGAAGUAACUGCUUUAUUUUGCCGAAAGAUCUCUGCUGUUAGCAAAGUGGAAGAAGAGAGCAGAAUUAGAGAGAGAGAGAGACAGAGAGAGAGAAGCCGAUAGCAAGGAUUAGCAAAGUACUGCUUUGCACUCUCGUGCUUGAAAUUUGUAUUGGAGGUCAAUUUCAUCUGUUCCAUGGGAGAAAUUUGAAAAAUAUUUGCUAUGCAAACAUCUUUCUACUUACCCUAGGAUACUAUGCUGUAACUGGUUUGUGCUAGGUCUCUGUGGAUUAAAGUCUUAGAUGGUGAGAUCUUUGUAAAUUUAACAGGAUUUA